CCUGCCAUGUGUCAGUGACAACUGUCAACUCCUCUCCCCUUCCUCCGCCUCCUCCUCUCUCUGAGACAGGAAUGUUGAUCUCUCAUCUCUGUAAUCCAUCACCUGUCUGAAUCUGUCCUUGUGUCACUUGCAUAUAUGGACAAGUUAGAAUGGCAACUUGUGACGUUUGUGCUGCUAAAAACGGCUCCCGCUCCCUUCAGUUCUUUCUUUUAACAAUGUCCUCCAGUGAAAGAAAUUCAAAGGACAUUUGAUCACACAAGACGUGGAAUUAUUUCAAGGAAACUAAUCCGGAAACUGAUCAACAGUACCCUUUUAUUCUGGACAUAUGCACCUUGGAACAGCUAGGAGAUGAGCAUUUCUCUGAAUUACAAGUCCUUUUCCAAAGAGCAGCAAACCAUGGAUAACCUGGAGAAACAACUUAUUUGCCCCAUCUGCUUAGAAAUGUUUACUAAACCUGUGGUCAUCCUUCCCUGUCAGCAUAACCUGUGUAGAAAAUGUGCCAGCGAUAUUUUCCAGGCCUCUAACCCAUAUCUGCCAACCAGAGGAGGCACCACAAUGGCAUCAGGUGGUCGAUUUCGCUGUCCCUCCUGCAGACAUGAAGUGGUUCUGGACAGACAUGGUGUGUAUGGACUUCAAAGGAACCUAUUAGUGGAAAAUAUCAUUGACAUCUACAAGCAGGAGUCCACCAGACCUGAAAGAAAAUCUGAGCAGCCAACGUGUGAAGAGCAUGAGGAUGAGAAAAUUAAUAUCUAUUGUUUAAACUGUGAAAUACCCACAUGUUCAAUGUGCAAAGUUUUUGGUGCCCAUAAAGACUGCCAGGUUGCUCCUCUCAAAAAUGUUUACCAGCGACAAAAGUCUGAACUCAGUGAUGGCAUUGCAGUGCUCGUGGGCAGUAAUGACAGAGUGCAAGGAAUAGUAGGUCAGCUGGAGGAGACCUGCAGGACAGUAGAGGAAUGCUGCAGAAGACAAAAAGAGCAACUGUGUGAAAAAUUUGAUUAUCUGUAUGGAAUACUGGAAGAAAGGAAAAAUGAGAUGACACAAAUAAUCACUAGAAACCAAGAGGAGAAACUGGAACAUGUCCGCUCCCUGAUGAAAAAGUAUGCAGAUCACUUGGAGACAGUGUCUAAGCUAGUUGAAUCAGGAAUCCAGUUCAUGGAAGAGCCAGAAAUGGCAGUGUUUUUGCAGAAUGUCAAAGCAUUGCUACAAAAAAUUACUGAAGCAUCUAACGCAUUUCAGAUGGAAAAAAUAGAGCCUGGCUAUGAAAAUAUGAGCCAUCUCACAGUCAACCUCAAUAGAGAAGAAAAGAUAAUAAGAGAAAUUGACUUUUACAGAGAGGAGGAGGGUGAUGAGGAAGAUGAGGAGGUGAUGGAAGGUGAAGAGUUUGAUGAAGUCCGCACAGAGUCAUCUAGUGAGGAGGAAGAGGUAGCUGAGAAAGUAUCCCAGCAAUCUCAGCUGGACUCAGAACCCAAGAGCACAACAGGAGGCCCUCAGACUGAAUCAGCCCCAUCAUUACCACCAGCUGCCUCAAUUAGUCAGGGUGAGGUUGUGCCAAGUGGUGCUCGACAGACUGCAGAGUCUGAAAUACAAAUGCCAUCAACAGCAGAAACCAUCGAUCCCUUGUUUUACCCUAGUUGGUAUAAGGCCAAAUCACAGCAAGCAAGCAGCCCAAGUUUGACCCAAGUGAGUGAUGGGUUGGGCCAAGUAGGGCCACCCGUUUCUCUGGAAAUGAAUGUAAAGAAGGCGGAAAUUACAGAAGCAGCAAAAAACAAUGAGCGUGCACCUGGGAAUGGUAAGGAAACUAGCAGAACUGCAGCUACUUCCCAGACUGGGUCUGACCCAUCCUGUCAAGGACAAGUGGAAGACGUUCCAGUGAGCAGUGAAAGAGCUGAUGAGCCGGCUCGUCAUGUCUUCUCUUUCUCCUGGUUAAACUCAUUGAAUGAAUGAUGACUAUCCUUCCGGCUGGCUUUGGAUGUGCUUACCUAAGAGGAGCCAUGAGGCAGCAAGUGACCUGGCUGGAACCAACAAGAAAUAGUCCAUAUAAGGGACAUCUUGAUCAGGUUUAAUUCCAAGGACGUUAUUUGAAUUCCAUUAUACUGUAUCUGAUACUUUUAGAUUAGAGUGAUGUUUGGAAAUAGAUGAAUAAAGGGAGUGGGAAAACUGGA